AUGCAUUAUCACGAGAAAGGAAGCAAUAAUAAAAGCGUCCAGAGAAGCUUUGUAUCAUUGCGACCACCAGAGAACAAGCAUACAACAAAGACAGCAGACCAAGAAAGACCAGACGAGCAGCAGCAAGACCAGCAGCAAGACCAUCAGCAACAACAGUGGCGUAGAAAAACCGAAGAACGAGUGACACCAGAGACCAUAUAA